UUCACUACAUAAAUAUAAUGUUCCACCAGAUGCUUCUGUUCCAAUCCAACAUUGCAACUUCUAAGCUUCCCGACGCCCCUCGCCGGAAGGUACAAUGCGCGGCGACGACACCCACGUACCCAUUCACUACCAACAAACCCCCGCCAACCAAUCCAAACCCCUUCGCCGCCACCAUACGGCCCGCUACUACGUGCAGCGCGUCCAAGACAGCCUCACCACGCGCGUCUCCAAAGUCCUCUGCAGUAUUUUCUUAAGCCUUCUCGCCAUUGUAGGUCUCAUCGCCUUCAUCUUAUGGCUAAGCCUCCGCCCGCACCGACCCAGAUUCUAUAUCCACGACUUCUCUGUUCCGGGUCUGGGUCAAGAAUCCGGAUUCCAGAACGCCGAGAUAACGUUCUUCGUCACGGCCCGAAACUCCAACCAGCGUAUGGAGAUUGAGUAUGAGGCCAUGGACGGGACGGUGUAUUACAGGGAUCAGAAUAUCGGAACGAUGCCGUUGCUGUUUCCGUUUUCCCAGGAGCCGAAGAACACGACGGAGGUGCACGGCGUUUUGAGCGGAGCAACGUUGACGGUGACUAGCCAGCGCUGGGCGGAGUUUCUGAACGAUAGGGCUCACGGGAGUGUGGUCUUCCGUGUGGAAUUGACGUCCACGAUUAAGUUUAAGGUGGCAACGUGGCAAAGUAAGACCCAUCGGAUGCAUGCAAAUUGUGACGUGGGUGUGGGCCCCGACGGGAACAUAUUGAGUACGUACAAAGAUAAGAGAUGUCCCGUUUAUUUCUCUUGACAUGUUUGGGGGCGUUGGUUUGCACGUGAGAGAGAGCAUCUUCUUUCUUUCCUUUUAUUUUUUAAAAAAUUAUUUUGUCAAUUUUACAUUUGCUCGUAAUUAUGUAUUGAUUAUUGACUUGAAUUUUCAGUUCAUUAGUCUGUUUGUAUUGUUGACUGAAAUUUGACUUUAUAGUUAUACAAUGAAAGAGUGUUUGUUUAUAA